CGUCCUCCUUUACUCCGAAACAAAACAAUUGCACAACGUGGGGUUAGCCUCUGAAUCACAGGCUUUUCUUCAGUCAUAAUCAGUUUCCAGGAGUUGACAGGAUGUCUGUGACCAUGGCGAAGGCAGACGGGGUCACCGUCUUCACAUUGACCUCUGACCCCAACAGUGCUUGUCCUCCACUGUGUCAGAUGUUCAAGGGUCUCUGCUACAGCCCUGUGUGCUGCUCUGUGUCUCAGCCCCUUCGGAGGCUCCAGGGAACGUCUCAGUCAGUCCUGGGGGCUUUGCAGGUCAUGGUUGGAAUACUGAACAUUGGUUUUGGAACCAUCCUCUUCGUCUGCACCAACAACUAUUGGUGGGCUCCGGUGUUUACCUUUUGGCUUGGAAGUCUGUUCAUUUUCUUUGGCAUCAUGUGCAUUUUGUCAGAGAAGUUCCCCAGUCCAUGUCUGGUCAUCUUCAAUGUGAUUCUGAAUCUGAUAGGAAUAGGUUUCUCCAUUACAGCCAUUGUACUCUGCAGUAUUUACCUCCAUAGGCCAUGGUGGUUUUACUCCUUACCAUGUGAGAUAAAUCGUUACUGGGGAUACAGCAGUCGAUACAGGACGACGGCCACUGAAUCCCCUGAGCUACAGAUCAUGAUUCAGAAAUGUGAGGAAGGCCAACAUCUGAUUAUGAUGCUCAUAAAAAGCAUCCGUAUUUUGCUGAUCGGCCUGUCAGUUCUGGAGCUUUGCAUCACCAUCAGCUCUGUCGUCUUGGGCAUCAAAGCUCUGAGAAAGAGAGGAAAGGAACAAAACAAGAGCUCUGAGGUCCCAGAACACUACAAAGAGCUCUUGGAGGACGCCACCGCUAACGCUACAGCCUAAGUCAACAUCUGUUUUACAUGGUCAUACACCAUGAACUGUAAUCCUGGGUGUUUCUACUGUAUCUGCAAGACUUCUGGGUCAUUUACGGAAAGGAUUCUCUUCACUUAAUGAUAUUCUAGUGAACAGAUUUUAAUUUUUCACAUAUGCUGCUUGCUUUCACUUUCUGUUCAUGUUCAUUUAAUCUCAUUCCAAUCAUCAUAACAUUUAUGUUAACGUCUGUCCAGAGUUCAUUGAGUUUGUUGUUAAAAUGGACCUCAUCAUAACCCAUGACUGUAUUUGUUAAAUGACCUUAAACUGGAUCAUAACCAAGGUAUUUUGAAAGAUGGAAAUUUAAUGAGUUUAAGAAAUAAUAAUACUUGUAGUGUAUGAUCGACAUCAGGGACGUGCAUAGAUAGACCUGAGGUGUCCCUCAAGACCUGCCCCUCUGGCCUCGGUGCCCUUCUGGUGAUCGUUUUUUUUUUUUUUUCUUUCUUUAAUGUAAUUAUUUAUUUUUUUCCUCAUUCAAAGAAGCCAAUAGAGUCUGCAUCGACAUGACAUUACAAUCACAUUUUAAUAUUAAGUUAAAUCCAAAUAAUUCCCUGUGCCUCCUGUCCUUCCCCCAGUCCACCUCCUGUCACUGCCUCUCUGUCCUGCUCAUGCUGCUCAGUGCGGUUGGAUCUCUGCUGUUGCUGAUCACACAUCGCAUGGCCUCAACUUUUUGCAAGAGACAAACUGGCAAGACUAGCGGUGCCUUUGACUUACAACUGUUUAAGCAAAUCUUCGUCCCGUUCCCCACAAGUUUGGCUGGUUAGUGUAGCCAGUAACCCAAUACUAGCGUGUGUCUGAUGAUUAGCUGUAGCACGUGGAGAGGUCACAGAGGUCACGGCCCACGGCCCAGUGAUGCUAAUUCAGUGCAUUUGAUAAUGUGAGGAAAGAUAGAGGGGCGAACCAGCAAAUCGACAAAAAUCCUCCGCUACUUAUUUGCAUGAAAAGCUGUGAGUACCCGAUAUAUUUCCAGAGUCACAAAUCUAUAAUAGCCUAUGAAUCCAAACUGUGUGUAAAAGUGCGUGUUGUUGUGGUGUCAGGCUGAACAGAGGCAGUGGAGUCUGGAGUUUGUGGGGAGUGGACAAGAAGAGCAGAUCAGAGGUGAACACCCAGACACUAGGCUUCAUGUUACAUUCACACUGAUUGGAGUAUUACACACAAUAUAAAAGUUAAAUCAAAUCCCCUUUUUUGGAAAUUAUUGGGAUGUGAAGUUUCAAAUUAUUAAAUUAUUGCCAAAGUCGUUGUUUGUCAUUAUAAUAAGUUACACAAGCAUGAAAAAAAAUCUGUAUGUCUACAACACAGGUG